CAAGCCACACAAUGAGAUGGGUGAGAACACAUAACCAAUUGGCGCCAAAUCACAGACGUGGUGGAUCUCAACAAUCCACGUAUACCCACCAACAAAAACACACUCUAAUUUCUCAAAUCAACACCCAAAAUCCCCCAAUUCAGUUACUCUGUUUCUAAAUUCAUCAAGAUUAUUAUUAUUAUGAUGUCUAUUCAGUGUAUCCAUCUUCCCCAAUUCCCCCAAAAACUAUCAAUCAAACCCACAUCAACCCAACCAUUUACACCAUUAAUCUCCAACACCCGUUUCCUCUCAACCCCAAGAAACCCAUCUGCUACAACAAUAUCCAAAUCUCAGAAGCUAUCCAACACCAGCAGGGUUGUCGUUUCUGCUUUGAUUUCUGAAGAGACGGUUGCUGAAUCGAGUUCUUCGGAUACUGGUGUGUUCAAGCUAACUUACUUGGAGGGCAAUAGUUGGUUAUGGGAAGUGGGUGGAGUGAAGAUUUUGGUUGAUCCAAUAUUGGUGGGUAACUUGGAUUUUGGAAUACCUUUGCUUUAUGAUGCAGGCAAGAAAUAUUUGAAGAAUUUCCAGCUUAGCGAUCUUCCGGAAAUCGAUUGCGUCUUAAUCACACAAAGCCUUGAUGAUCAUUGCCAUUUAAAGACAUUAACACCGCUUUCUCAAAAGUUACCAAAUCUUAAAGUAAUCUCCACUCCAAAUGCAAAACCACUCUUGGAUCCCCUAUUCACCAAUGUCAUAUACUUGGAACCUGGUCAAAACUCGGAAAUUCAAACAAGUGACGGUUCUCAUGUCAAAAUACGGGCUACCUCCGGGCCAGUUCUUGGUCCCCCUUGGCAACGACCUGAAAACGGGUAUAUUGUCACUUCUCCACAAGGAGAGUUAAGUUUAUACUAUGAGCCACAUUGUGUAUAUGACAAGGAGAUUAUCGGAAAAGAAAGGGCCGAUAUCGUCAUUACACCUGUUAUCAAGCAGCUUUUACCGAGUUUUACGUUGGUGUCGGGCCAAGAAGACGCGGUUCAGCUUGCAAAACUGCUAAAUUCCAAAUUUGUGGUGCCACUGAAAAAUGGAGAUCUUGAUAGCAAAGGUGUUCUUGCAAAGCUCGUAACGUCUGAUGGAACCGUAGAAUCAUUUAAGGCGCUUUUAUCGAAGGAAUUACCAGAUGCAAAAACGCUAGAUCCUAUUCCUGGUGUACCCCUCCAUAUACCUUGAAAUUUUACAAUUUUUUUCCUACAAAAAAAAAAUUAAAAAAGUAAUGCUACGGUGAUACAUAUUCGAAUUAUGUUUUCGUUACAGUAGUGUAUACAAAACCUUAGAUAAGUCGCUAAUGUUGGUGGUGAUAGAUUUUACUUGUAUAUGUAAGCUCUAGUCUUCCUUCAGUCUCGAGUAUUUGUUCAAAGUUCGUAAAUGUUUGAUGAAUGGAUAUCGGAAAGUUUACAUAUUGACUUUU